GAUAAUUCCUCAAGUCUUCUUUGCCUGUUUUGCAGUACAUACCUCUACGAAUUAAUAUGUACGAUAUAAAUACACACUCGACCUAAAAUUUGUUGAUCUCUUUCUUGUUCGGGGAAAGUUUGCCUGAUUGGUUUUCCUGACGGUCGGUGGAUCGGAUCAAAUAAAAUCGAUUGUAUUGAUCUGAUUUUUCGUUUAUUUAUCAUUUAGGUGAUGUAUCAAUAAAUUAUUUGAUUGUGCUUGGGAAAAUUGGAGGUCGAGCGAUUGGAGACAAAGUAGAGAGAAUUUUUCUUCGUGGUAGCGAAACAUGUCUGCCGUUGUGUGCGGGAAGAGAUCAAACAUCUUUGAGGAUUCACCUUCAUCGCCGCCAGUCUCCAAAAGGAUCCGCUGUUCAUCGUCAUCCUCGUCCCCAGGCCGAAGCUUCUCGCCGCCCAGGGCUGCUGCGACCUCUUAUACCUCCUCCAAUUCUGUGCUCGAUCAUCUUGUCGCACUCUUUCCCGACAUGGAUAAGCAGUUUCUGGAGAAAGCCCUUGAGGAAGCUGGUGAUGAUUUGGAUUCUGCAAUCAAAAGGCUUAAUGGACUUCGGAUUAGUGCUGCUGCAAGUGUGUCUGAUAUUACACAGGAAAUUGGCAAUCAAUUUCGUUCUGAAGUGGCAAACAGUGAGCAAACUCCUCAAAGAGAGGAACCACCUACAGAAAGCAAUCUCCCUGUUGAUGGAGCAGAGUGGGUUGAGCUUUUGGUCAGGGAAGUUUUAACUGCUCCAAAUGUGGAUGAUGCUAAGGCCCGCUUAUCACAAGCACUUGAGGCAUUGGAGAAGUCCAUUUGUGCAAAUGCUACAGCAGAGGCUGCAAAAAGUUUCCAAGAGGAAAACAUUAUGGUAAAGCAGCAACUGGAAGCACUGCUGCAUGAAAAUACUAUUUUGAAGCGAGCUGUUUCUAUCCAACAUGAGAGACAGAAGGCAGUUGAGGAAAUGGGUCAGGAAUUGCAUCAGCUAAAACAGCUGGUGUCUCAGUACCAGGAGCAAGUCCGAACACUUGAGGUGAACAACUACGCCCUUGCAAUGCACCUUAAGCAGGCCCAACAGAACAGCCAAUUCCCUGGGCGUUUUCACCCUGAUGUGUUUUAGUUACUACUCUCUUGUAUGUUAUUUAUGCAUGCGGAGCACACUACAGUCUCUUGAAUAAUGCAGGAUUUUGGCAAUAGUUGCCUUUGGUGUUGGGGUCCUAUACUUCUGCUGAGUGUGUUCUGAUGCCAUGUUUUCUUUGCUUGUUUGUGGUGCUUGUACUUGAGAAACGUUGUGUUCUGUCUUGUUAUGUGUGAUAUAUUUAUGCAACUGGAUUUGUUGCUGAAUUGAGCUGGCUAUACAACUAUGAACAUUUUUCUAUUGCUUUGUUAUUAUGUGAAUGUAUGGCUCCACUGUGAUAGGUAUGUGGUGUUCGUCAUCGAAAUUGUGUAUUUGGAUAGUUGCAAAACUCGAUUGAGUUUGGUUUACUAGACAUCAGUAUAUAUUGUUUUAGCUCGGUCGAAACAUAGCAGUUCUUCUUAGGAUCCUCACAAAUAGAAAUACAGUACAAAUUACAGAAAGUUGGUAAGAAUCACCUUUUUUCGUCAUCUAGAAAGCAAUUGGUUUUGCUUUAUUCAGACAAAAAGUUGACAUAGGUGUUUGUGUGUAUAUUUGGUUCAUUUCGUCUAGGAAUUUAC